AUGGAAGAACAAACCCAUAUACUUGCGACGGUACAAAAAUUGCUUGGGAGGACAGGUUCACGAGGUGGGAUUACACAAGUUCGUGUUGUUCUUCAUGGCGAUGAAAGUGGGAGAACUCUCGUUAGAAAUAUAAAAGGCCCUGUUAAAGAAGGAGAUAUGCUUGCCUUGUUGGAAAGUGAAAGAGAAGCCAGAAGAUUAAAGUAA